AUGGAAAUUCAAUCACGGCCAUAUCCUGCCAGCCCGUUGCCCUCCAGCAUGAAUGGACCAAAUGGGAUGAUGAAGCUUUCUCCCACCCAGCAGAAGGCGCUCGAUUUCCUUGUUCGCGCUGUCAAAACAAAGGCUGCGCCCCUUGUAGAGUUGCGCUCGCCCCCAGCUCUGGGACGAGGAUACGGCGUGACCUCGAUAUUGAAGUCGGCAGCAGCUCAAUUUGGCGUGCCGUUCCUUGGGGUGUCGACUGCCCUUGGCCAGGCGGGGGAGGGCCAAGAAGGCCAGGCACUGAAAACGCUUUAUGCAGCUGCACUGGCAUCUCUGGAGAAGCAUGGUAUCGCUGUCAUUGAUGACCUUGAUCUUGCCGUUGCCCCUCGUUCGGUGCGCCGCUCUCGAACCCUCAUUGGGGACAUCAAGGGUGCUGGAGACCUCUACAAUUGGGAAGUUGCGCCGUCGCCUGCUAUGCUCAUUAAGUCCUUGAGUGACGCAGCAUCGUCGGCUCACGGUGUCGUUGCUUUCUCCUCGGUUGAAGAUGCGCACCUAGCUUUCAUCAACACACCCCUGGCUGUAACUCUGGGCGAGUCGACAGUGGAAGAUUAUGGGGCAAUCUUGAAGAACGUGCUGGGGUCGCAGGGAGCCAUAGAUGAGGAGGCAAUUUAUGCCUUGCACUCACAGCUCUCCCCCGCAGACCUGAAAUCGGCGACAGCACGCGUUCUGGCCACGCAGAGCGGUGAUGUGACACCAGUCACGACUGAAGGCCUUGUGAGCUCGAUCAGGGAUGAGUUGGUGUCUGUGUCAGCAGUUGCCCCAGAAGAGGUGGAACCUGUAGACCUGGCAGAGUAUCCCGGGCUGGAGGGCAUCAAGGAAGAGCUGGAGCGCAACGUGCUCUUUCCUCUAGAGAACCCUGAGCAGGCGAAGAAGUUCGGGCUCACCCCCAAGCGCGGAGUACUGCUCCACGGUCAGCCUGGCACAGGCAAGACCACCGUGGGCCGCUGGCUGGCAAACAGGUUGAAAGGCAAGUUCUUCCUGGUACGUGAGAUGAUGCUCCAUGCCGACAUCAUCAAAGUCUUUGCAGCUGCACAGGCCGCCGCGCCCUCCGUGGUCUUCAUCGAUGACGCGGACAUCGUGAUCGGAGGCUGGCGGCCUUUGGACGGACAUCGGGGCUCCGACAUCUUCCGGUUUCUUCUCGGGCGCAUGGAUGGCUUGACAUCCCGUGGCAAGAGGCAGCGAGAGACCGGGGACGUCGUUGUGGUCCUCACUGGCCAAAAUGUGCACUGGAUGGCUGAGAUGCUCCUCCGGAGUGGCCGCAUCGAGCUUUGGCUUAAGACCAAGCUGCCGGAGCCUCGGCAGAAGUACGCCAUCUUGCGGAAGUACAUCAAAGAUGACCCGGGUGCGAUGGAGCUGCUCUCAAAGAACGGCGAGCUGCCGGACGUGAAGGCUGCAGCGCAGGCCAGCGACCACUUCUGCUGUGCGGACCUGCGCAGGGUCGUCAGCGAUGCCAAGAUGCUGGCCGCCUGGGAUCGGACCAGCGAUGCCAAGAUUCUGGAUGGCUCAUCUUACUUGGAGAAGGCUGCUGAGGGCGUCCGCCGCAUGCAGGACGAUGUGAAAUCCAAUGCCCGCAACUUGUAUGGCUGA